AUGGCCCAGCCUCCAGACAAAAAGGCAGAAAAGUCUUACCUUUACUCUGCUGUAGAUUCUCUUAAUCCCUGGGCUGCAAAUCGUGCAUCCGGUUCGGCCACUCCCGAGCCUCCCCCGACGCCACCUCCGGGGCCAGCACCGUCCCCUGGACCAACGGACCAUAGUACCAACUCGCUUUAUGGUAUUAGUCGCAGGAACUACCCGCCUGACUGUCCUCCCUUGAAGGUUCUUUGGUUUCAUGCCGUCGAUGUCCCUAAGCGCAAGCCGGCUUUCCUAACAGGGCGUCGCAACAAACCUACUGCAAAGGAAAAACCGCCAGUGCUACCCAAGAAAUAUGCCGCAUUCGUGCCUUCAGAUUCGAGGGCUAUUGAAGAGGCCUACCAAAAACUCCUUGAGGAGCGUGAAGAUAGCUCUCGUGAUUCCUCAUCCUUCAGGAGGCGCGCAGCGACGGGGUCAAGUGACAUCUUACCAUCUACUUCCACCCAUGUCCCCGUCAAUGAAGACUUCCUCUUCGACGUGGCUAUCCUGCAGCGCGAACUUGCUCCGGUGUAUUGGCUGGGACCUGUUUACGAUGUGCGACGGGGCACAUGGUUCUACCAGGAAGGCUCUAACCUUCGCCCCUGUGAAGAGAAUCUCGCUUCUCAGCUCGAAGACGGUUACCUCAAGACAAAGCCAUGGCUAAUAUCCACGGCUCAAACAUCUACCGAGAGAGACGACCAGAGAGACCGCUCUGAUUCCUCCUCUACUAACCCCACCUCGAAAGAUGCUAUGUCUGCUGAUGCAUCUACGACACCCGCAAAGUCCGCCAGUGCAGUAACCUCUCCACAAUUACCGUCCUACCGGCUCUUUGGUUCUUACAUGAACAGCGUUGCCACGUACCAAGAUGAGAAUACAGCGUGGCUAUCCUCUGAUGGCAUCUUGUCAUGGGUGACCUCUACUGUAUACCAACGAUUCGCCGGCGGAGGAUACAUGAGCGGCGUCAAGUUGGUGCGGGGUUAUUCUGAGCCUGGAAAGGCCAAAGAUACCGCGAAACGGCCUCAAACUCCUACCGAUUCUUCUACUACGGACAUGUUGGACGAGAAGCAGCAAAAGGCCCUUAAGAGAAAAUCUGCUCCGCCCUCCACAAGGGCACCGUUGAUUAAGGAACCAGAAACUCACAACACCCCUUCAUACCAACAAACGUCUGGACUGGGAAGGAACUCGGACAAGCUAGAAGAGGAGAUCCGCCGCCGCCAGGAGCAGGAGAUUAGCGGUGACUACAGCCCUGAACAUGAGGACACCCAAGGUAGAGAUAUAGAGCACCUAGUACUGGUUACACACGGAAUCGGCCAGCUCCUCAGUCUUCGACUCGAAAGCAUGAGCUUUAUCCACGACGUCAAUGUCAUGAGGAAGACUAUGAAGUCCGUGUACUCUAGUUCGGCUGAUUUGAAGGCUUUGAACGGCGAGUUCGACUUUCCUAAGCAAAGAGAAGUCAAGCGUGAGCAAGAUAUCGGGGUCACCAACGUUGAUGAGGAUGCCUAUCCAGCACUUGAAGAUAUAACAGUGGAAGGCGUUGCCUUUGCCAGGUCCAUGAUAUCCGACUUUGCACUUGAUGUUCUUCUCUACCAAAGCGGCUAUCGAGAACAAAUUAUGACCAUCGUUUUGAAUGAGGCUAAUCGGAUUUACAAACUGUUCAAGGAGAGGAACCCUGGUUUCCAAGGAAAAGUGCAUCUUACGGGCCAUUCCCUUGGAUCUGCCAUCCUCUUCGAUCUCCUUUGUCGGCAAAAGGAAAGGGAGGAGAAUACACAACGUAAGAUUUUCGGAAUAUGGCCUUCUUCUUCGUCCAAGACUGCCCCAGAGAAAAAUCCCUCGGACUUGUCAUUCGAUUUCGAUGUGGCCGACUUCUACUGCCUUGGAUCCCCCGUCGGGUUAUUCCAGAUGCUCAAGGGAAGAACAAUCUCCGCGCGUGGCUCGCCGCACUCAAGGGCGUCGCAAAGUCCGUUGGAUCCUGAUCUAAUUGACGACCCAUUUAGCGCAUAUGCAGACCAGCGUCUCUCGCCAGUAACGGGUUUACCCUUCUCAGUCUCGUCCCCUCGGGUAUCACAAUUGUUCAAUAUCAUUCACCCAUCCGACCCCAUCAGCUACCGUCUAGAGCCAUUAAUAGCCCCCGCCAUGUCCACGCUAAAACCGCAGGUCCUCCCGUAUACGAAGAAAGGAAUAUUCAGCAGCAUGACUCCCCAAGGUCUCUCUGGAAUUGGCGCUAUGGUCGGGCAGAGUGUAAGCGGUCUCUGGUCCAGUCUCAGCGCUGGAGUUACGUCAGGCCUUUUGAACAGGAGCCUCGGGCUCAGCAGUGAAGACGUUGCCCGCAUCACUGACGCUACAGCCGUGGACCAGGAUCAAAAACCAGGAACACGGCCCUCAGCCUCGACGGGUGGCGUAAUUCCGGAUACAUCCACGCUCGGAAAGCGGACAGACCAGCGAAAGAUGGAACUAGCAGACCCUGCCAAUACUGCCGGGCGCACAAGCCUUAGUGGUAACGAUGCGACUUUGAUCGAUUAUGAUCUCGAGACCCUAUACUCCAAGUUUGAGAAGGCGCAAGCUUCCGGGGCGGAGAGCUCGACGCAAGCAGAUGAACUCCAUAAGAAGGCAAGGAAGAUGCGUGCCGAGGAAGCCAAGGUGAGAGCGCUCAAUCGGAAUGGCCGGGUGGAUUACAGUAUUCAAGAGAGCGUCUUGGAUUAUAAUCCCAUUAACACCAUCGCGUCACACCUGAGCUACUGGGGAGACGAAGACGUAAAUCACUUUAUGCUCUCCCAGCUGUUGUCCAGCAAAGCUAGAACCAAAUCCACGUAG